CCAGCCGUAGAUCGAUCUCUGCGCUCUGUGUUUGGUAAGUCAUUAAAGUGUUUCCAUUUGUGUUCAGGAGGAUAACCGUUGAAGUGCCUAAAAACACAGCUUGCUAGCAUGGAUUCAUGAAUGACUGUGCUAACAAUUGGAAACAUUCCUUAUGAAGCAACCGAAGAGCAGCUGAAAGAUAUCUUCUCCGAAGCAGGACUUGUUGUAAGUUUCAGGUUAGUAUAUGACAGAGAGACCGGUAAACCCAAGGGCUAUGGCUUUUGUGAGUACCAAGACCAGGAAACAGCACUCAGUGCCAUGCGGAACCUGAACGGAAGAGAGUUUAGUGGUCGUGCUCUGCGUGUGGACAAUGCAGCCAGUGAGAAAAAUAAGGAGGAGCUUAAAAGUUUGGGGACUGGAGCCCCAAUCAUUGAGUCUCCCUAUGGCGACAAUGUCCAGCCUGAAGAAGCUCCAGAGUCGAUCAGCAGAGCUGUGGCCAGUUUACCUCCAGAGCAGAUGUUUGAGCUGAUGAAGCAGAUGAAGCUCUGCGUGCAGAACAGUCCUCAGGAGGCGAGGAACAUGCUGCUGCAGAACCCUCAGCUGGCCUACGCUCUGCUGCAGGCCCAAGUGGUCAUGCGGAUCGUUGACCCUGAGAUUGCCUUGAAAAUGCUCCAUCGCCAAACAACAACUCAGCCACUGAUAUCAAGCGUACAAAGUGGAGGGCCACAACAAAAUCCCCAGCAAGUGCCACCCAACGCACCUGGUGGCCAACCGCAGCCCAUGCCUGGGAUGCAUGUAAAUGGAGCCCCACAAAUGAUGCAGCCUCCCAACAUGGGAGUUGUCCCAGGACAGGGUCCGGUGCCUGGACAACCAUCAGGGCCUGUUGGUCCUCCAGGAAACGUGCAGCAUUCUCCCACAGGAGCGCCAGGCCAGGCUGCUAUGGAACGGCCUCAAGGGCCAGGUGGAAUCCUGCCCAGAGGCCUGCUCGGAGAUGGACCCAAUGACCCCAGGGGUGGGAGUCUGCUGUCAGUCACCGGGGAGGUCAUUGACCCCAACCGCGGCUACAUGGGGGCCCCCCCACCUCAUCAAGCCCCCGUACAUAUGGGCCAAAUGGCCCCUGGCCCUCAGAACAUGGGCGGACCACCGAUGGAUAUAAGAGGCCCUCCCAUGGGUGAACCGCGCAGCAUGAUGGGCGACCCCAGAGGGCCACCAAUGAUGGAACCCCGAGGCCCCCCGAUGGAAACCAGAGGUCGUGACCCCAGAGGGAUGGAUAGCCGUGGCGGUCCGGUGCCUGGGCAGCGGGUGCCAAUGUCGGUGGGAAUGCAAGGGCCCAUGCCCCACAACAUGGGUCCGAACGCUCCCCCACCUUCGAGACAGGGUCCUGGAAUGCCAGGUGUUCCUCCAUCCGGGGGAGGCUACAGCCCUGGUCAGGUCUCCACACAAGACCAAGAAAAGGCUGCACUCAUCAUGCAAGUGCUGCAGCUGACCCCGGAGCAGAUCGCCAUGCUGCCCAUGGAGCAGAGGCAGAGCAUCCUCAUCCUCAAGGAGCAGAUCCAGAAGACGGCGGGAGCUCCGUGAGACGACGCGACCAGGUGUCCAAAUUGGGCCACGCUCUGAAGUUUAGUUUGAUAUGUAUUGUAUAGUGUUUUUGUUGUCGCGUUCUCAUCAUUUCCCUUCUGACCGCCACGUAUCCCAACUCUGUAAUUGUUUUGCCAAUAAAAGGACAACAGAU